AUGCAUGAUUAUCCACUGAGAAAGAACCAUCUGGGAUUCUGGGGUCAAGUCGGAAUGGAUGUUGAAAAGAUGAAACGGAAGAAAAACGUGCUGCUAAAGGCCUGGGAAAGAUGCAAGAAAUCAUCUGGGACUCCACUGAUGAGAAAGAGCAAAUCACUGCGUAUUUUCUCAUCCAUGGAAGAAGACAACAUGAAGAAGAAGAAUAAGUGGUCUCAAGUGGCACCAGAAGGGUGUUUUUCAGUGUACGUUGGACCCCAAAGGCAAAGAUUCGUGGUCAAGACCGAGAUGGCCAACCAUCCAUUGUUCAAGGUGUUGCUUGAGGAUGCCGAGCUCGAAUAUGGGUUCAACAGUGAAGGCCCCCUUCUUCUUCCUUGCGACGUUGGUUUGUUUUAUAAAGUUAUGGCAGAGAUUGAUGAUAAUGGAGAUGGAGAAAUUAUAACUACUUUUGUUUGCAGCUUUGGUUCUCGUCAUCAUCGUUCAAGAAGCAUCAAUAAAGGAUACGGAACGUAUAAGCUUCUUUGUCCAUCUCCUAUGAUUAAAAUGAAUAGUUAUCAAAGUUGCUGA